CCUUUCAGCGGAAAAAACACCUCGCUGCAGCAAGCUAGCUGGGAAGCUCCCAAUUCUAAAGAGACGCUGUUUACCAGAAGAGCAUAACAAGGGCAGGUCUGACUGCAAGCCUGGGACUGGGAGGCAGAGCCGACGCCAAGGGGAACCCAGUUGGACACUGGUUGGUCAAUCACCUGCAAGAUGAAGGAGGUGAGGAUGCUCUUGGCCUGGGUGCAAACAUUCCUCAUCAGCAACAUGCUCCUAGCAGAAGCCUAUGGAUCUGGAGGUUGCUUCUGGGACAACGGCCACCUGUACCGGGCGGACCAGCCCUCCCCAGCACCGGGCCUGCGCUGCCUCAACUGGCUGGAGGCGCAGAGCCGCCUGGCGUCUGCCUCCGCGGCGGACGCCGGCAACCACAGCUUCUGCCGGAACCCGGACCGGGACCCACGCGGGCCCUGGUGCUACGUCAGCGGCGAGGCCGGCGCUCCCGAGAAGCGGCCUUGCGAGGACCUGCGCUGCUCAGAGACCACUUCCCUAUCCCCUCCAACCUCCACAGCAGACACUGAGGAGGCGUCUGAAGUGCCAAGUGGAGAUGAGGUGCAGCUGUUCCCUCCUGCCAAUGCCCUGCCCGCCCGGAGUGAGGCAGCAGCCGUGCAGCCAGUGAUUGGGAUCAGCCAACGGGUUCGGGUCAACUCCAAAGAGAAAAAAGACCUGGGAACCCUGGGCUAUGUGCUGGGCAUUACCAUGAUGGUGAUCAUCAUUGCCAUCGGAGCUGGCAUCGUCUUGGGCUAUACCUAUAAGAGGGGGAAGGACCUGAAAGAGCAGCAUGACCAGCAAGUGUGUGAGAGGGAGAUGCAACGAAUUACCCUACCCUUGUCUGCUUUCACCAACCCCACCUGUGAGAUCAUGGAUGAGAAGACUAUUGUGGUCCACACCAACCAGACUCCAGUGGACCUUCAGGAGGGCAGCGCUCCCCUCAUGGGCCAGGCAGGCACGCCUGGGGCCUGAGCUGCCACUAAUGGGCAGUAGCCCAUGCAGACACUGGUGCAGGACAGCCUACCCUCCUACAGCUGGGAGGAUCUAUAGUUUUUGUUGUGGUUAAAACCCUCCCUUGACUUUUUAUUUUUUUAUUUUUUUUAAUUUUUUUUUGGUGAAUUCUAAAACAGAAGCAGAGGUUGUGCUAAGGGUAAGGCUGGGUAGGAUCCUACCAGUGCUCCUCCUCCAUCCUUGGAGCAGGAUUUUGCCUGUGGAUGGAGUUAGCAGUGGCCUCCACAGCAGUGCUGCUGACCAGGGCUUCCAAACAUUGCUUAUGCCCCAGAACUGAAUCAGGGACAGACAGGGAGCUCCCCAAGGCUCCUCUAUGCUUUAUUAUCUAAGAUGGCCUCAGUCUCCACCCUCCUGUCUGUUCUCUGUGGGCUUGAGUGGCGCAUACUGUUAUCCAUAGUUCAGGUCAAGUAGGUCAAGAGUCAGGAUUUAAAAAUUAUAUUUAGUUUUUAAAAUAGUUGGGAUGGAACUCCCUACUGACCUCUGAGAACCAGAAACGAGUUUGUACAGAAGUCAAAACUGUGGGUUGAAAAUGGGAUCUAGGCUAGGGGCUCCUGGGGGUGCUCCAGCUUUGCUGGCAGUGAUGUGCCUUGAUAACCAUGGGCUGGGCCUGGGCCCAGGCCCAGGGACUCUUCCUGUUUCAAAAGGAAAGGAAGAAUUGCACUGAACAUUCCACUUGGGAAGAGGGUAGAGAAGGAUCCACGGCUGCUUUAGGCCACAGGACCUGAGGGGACCUGGGGUACCCUAGACAGUUUCUGUUCAGGGUGGACAAUGACCUCUUUUCAUUUUGCAGGGGUAAGACAAGAGCCAAUUAACCUAUGGGAAUUACACUGUGGGUCCUUGUGAGCUGCUUCUGAGAGGGUAACCCAGAAACUAAGCUCAGAGGCAAGGUAGUAAAGUACGUCAGGACUUGCCCCGGCAGUGGCUUGAGUUUGCAGGUGGCUCUGUAGCCUCCAGGCUAGUGCAUUCCUGGGGAUAGUAGGGCUAGGGUCACAACCCCUAACUUGUAAAACAAUCAGAACCAUUGGGAGGGACCUUAGGGUUCCUCAAGCCUUUUGGACACAGGACCCUCUGGGAGCCCAUAGGGGUAAAGUGAUGCCUAAGGUCAUAGAGCAAGCUACUGGCAUGGCCAAGAGGAGAAUAACAUUUCUCCACAGCACUGUGCUGCACUGAGCCAGUGGGUCAGCAGGGCCUCCAAGCCCUGAUGUCACACUUGGAGGCCUUAGUAGUGCUCCCUAUCCAGAGCUUCCUUCCCAAAGCCUUUCCACUGCCCCACAUGGAGGGGAGGGGUCAGUAGGGCCCAUUCUCUUCAGCAGACUAUUCCUGGGAGUGGUUUGCUGAGGGGACCUAGGGUUCAAGGGUCCCUUGGUGUUAGUUGAUACCGAAGAAAAGAACAGUACAUUACUGGUUUCUACUUUUCUAUAAAAGCAUUUCUCUGUGUACAUGUUUUAUAUACCUCAUUCUGAUACCUGCAUAUAAAGUGCAGGAAAUUGCUCUGCAUUUGACUUGUAUAAAUUUAAAAAAAACACAAAAAAACAAAAAA